AUGACUAGCAAUCCACAACUUUUGAUCAAACACCUUUCUCCUGCCGAAUUGAAAGAGAUGCGCAAUAAGGGGCUUUGUUUUACCUGCGAUGAGAAGUUUAAUUAUGGACACAAAUGUAAGAAUAGGGUGCUGCUGCUAUAUGGCCAAGAGGAGGGGAACGACGUGAGUGAGCAUUCAAUGGAACAGAAGGGUGAGGAGCAAGAGGAUGAGGAAGAGGAGAGUCUCAAUGCUUUCUCAAAUUCCACUAAUCCGCAGAUCUUCUGCAUUUUGGGGAAUCAUGGCAGAGAAUCCUUAGAUGUGUUGAUCGACACAGGUAGUAACAAUAAUUUCAUCCAAGAUAAUUUAGCUGAGAAAUUGCAUCUGUCUUGGGAAGCUACUAAGGCAUUCAAAGUGUACAUGGGCAACGAGCAAUCAUUAUCAUGUUCCAAACUGUGCAAGGGAGUCACAUUGGAGUUGCAAAUGCACAAGUUCAUGGUGGAUUUAUAUGUUCUGCCCAUUUGGGGCUUGGAUAUUAUGCUUGGUAUGCAAUGGCUUUGUACUUUGGGACCUUGCAUCCAUGAUGACAAUGCCCUGACAAUGGAGUUUCAAUGGGAAGGACACACGGUGAAGUUAGAUGGUAACCCUGCAUGGCAAGCAAAACAUGUUUUGUUUCAUCAAUUCAGUACCAUCCUAUCAAUGGAGGAGCUGCCUCCGAUUAGAGCCAUGGAUCACCGAAUUCAUUUACAACCUGGAACCACUCCCAUCAAUGUUCGACCAUAUAGAUACCCCUAUUUUCAAAAAGACAUUAUGGAAAAACUUGUUCAAGAAUUGAUGGAAAUGGGUUUCAUCCAGCAUAGUACAAACCCAUAUUCUUCUCCGGUUUUGUUGGUUAAAAAGAAAGAUGGCACAUGGCGCUUCUGUGUAGAUUAUCGAGCUCUCAAUGCCCCUCUCACUGAAUUAUUGAAGAAAGAUGGGUUUAACUGGACCGAUUCUGCACAACAAUCUUUUAUUGCCUUGAAACAUGUUAUGAUCACUACCCCUGUGUUACGAUUGCCGGAUUUUUCUAAGACAUUUAUAGUCGAGAGUGAUGCUUCCCUUGUCGAAUUUGGCGGCGUUUUGAUACAAGAAGGGCACCCAUUGGCUUAUUUCAGUAAGAAACUUGGCCCUCGUUUACUAGGAGCUUCUGCUUAUGAUGGAGAAUUAAGGGUUGUGGUCGAGUUGACAGCUACUAUAUCUGGUGGGAAAUUUGAUAUUUUGGAAGAGUUGAGACUUGAAAAUGAAGCUUGUACAGUUCUAAUAGCGUUACAUCAACAGUUGAAUUCGGGCAAGCUCCCAAGUCCUCCUUAUUCGUCUCGUGACAGGUUAUUGAUGCAUAACAAUAGGCUGAUGGUUAGUGAUGAUUCUUGCAUGAAGACCAAGCUUUUACAAGAGUUCCAUCACACACCUAUGGGUGGACAUGCGGGAAUUGAACGAACCUACCUCUGA